GCUUGUAUAGUUUUUAUUAGCGGGUGGAGGAUUUCUUUUUAUUGCUUUCCUGGCACAGUCACGUCAGGAACCUGAUCCGGAUUGGUAGGGGAGGCUGGAAGGUGAUGCUAUCACUUGUGGCAGAGUUCCCGUGUGUCCUACCCUGUUGAUCUGCUGUUUCUGUGGUUUUAGGGAUUUUUUUAAUUUGGUGGCUGUGACAUGAGGGCUUCCCAUCUCAAUCUGAAUUUUCCUGUGGGGAGAAUUUCUGUGGGCAGUCAGGUCUUCGGAUGAGCCAGGCUGAUAAACACAUGGUGCUGGCUUCCGUGUUCUGUGAUGGAAUCAACAUUUCAGUGUCAGUAAGGCUUUCUGGAAAAUACAGGAAAAUGUGUGCAUCUCUGUAGUGUUGCCACGUCUGUAGUUACUUCAGGUUGUCCUGCCCUGCCUUUGGAGGCUUCUAGCUCUGCCAUUUUUGUAGCUGUUAUUUUCAUCAUGGUGCAAAGCAGGGACACGAGUUGUUCUGCACCGGUGCAUCUUCACUACUGCUGGGGUUGAGGUGUUAUCACUUCGUGGUACCUCAAAGAAAGCACCUGGUGCAGUGUGCUAAAACCACGUACUGCAUGUCUGUGCAGUGAGCAUUUUGUUGGGGUUUCAUACUGUUCUGCAACACAAGUUGGCAGGUUUAACAUCACAAAGCGUACCUGGAGCCAAAUUGCUAGCGAUUGGAACGGCCUGGGUUGGAAGGGACCUCUAAGCUCUAGCAAUACCUAGGUCAAAAUGACACAGGGUACACUUAGAUCCAUUAUAUGGGGUUUUUCACAGCUGUAGGCGUUAAAUGUGUGACUGAGCACGUCUGUUGGACAAGUCAUGAAGAGUGUUCUCAGUAUCAGGGCUGCGGUGCCCCCUGGCUGGGAGCCAGGCUCCGGGCAAGGUGCUGCAGCCAAAUCCACUCGGGUGUCAUUAUGAAUUAUUUCCAACAUUUUAAUCAAAACAUAUAUUUAGUUUUGAACAGAUGACUGUUAUGGAGCGAUGGUGGUCUCUUCAGAGCUAAAAUUGUAACUGAGCCUCUGUUAAGUGUGGUUCUGUUGGGGCUCUCGCUCCCUUAAUCUCACUGAAAGUAAACCAGUGCUCUCCAUGGCUCACGUGUGGUCCUGUGGCUGAGGGGAACUAUUUUGGGAUCAGGAUGAUAUCUUAAACACUUUGUUAGGGCUGUUUAUUUGAAAAACACUGGGAGAAGGUAACUUGUGUCUUUAAACCUAAAUGUUUCCUACCUCAAAAUCACAUGGGGUGCAUUUUGGGUGGGGGAGGUGAAACUUUUCUGAAAUCCCUAGGAAGGUCUGAUCUUUUGAUGAGGCAGUUCCUUACCCCGCUGCUGUAGAGGCAUUUUGUUCAUCUGUUGCUCUUGUUUAACAGCCUUUGGUGCAAACUUUAUCUCAAAAUAUUUCAAGGUUUGAAAGAGUUGAAGGCAUGGAAACACCUCCGUGAGCUGAGCGCCCGUCUUCCCAUCAGAAUCCCUCUGUGGCCCUGGGCAGGUUGUACUCCCUACCUCAGCCUCACUCUGCUUAAAUAAAAGCAUCUCCAUUUAAAUAAUGAGCUCCUUAAAACAGCAGCUUUCUCAUAUUAAACCCAGCACUUACUAUAAUGAAAAGUGUUUACAUCCCUUUCUGUGCGGGACUAGAAAUGCAUAUUGACUGUUUAUGGAAUAGGUUCAGUUUUUGUUCUGGACAGUAGAAUGAGGCUGAUCCAUAUCUGCCUGCAGCCUAUCCCCCUUUUAGGAUAAGUAUGAAGCCUUUUGAAGAGAUGUUUUCAAUACGUUGGGAAAACACUUCAAUAUGAAAUAGCAGGAUGCCUGCAACUUAUGUGAGUGUAUGACAUUGCUGCACAUUUGCACAAUAAAUAAUCUCAUGUCAUUAAUAUGAGGAUAUAAUUUCAAUAGGAACGCUAUCUUUCAGUCUGUGAAAUGUUCCUAAUUUUGUAUAGUAUGGUAGAACACACUUAAAGAACGCACAACUCUUUGUUGUUUUGCACUGUGUAUAUAAAUAACUGCAUGGUGGUUCUCUCUGGAGCCAGGGGUCCCUUCCAACUUGGGAUAUUCUAUGAACCACGGAAUUGCAGAGGUUGGAAGGGACCUCAGGAGAUUCCAGUCCAAUCCAAUCAGAUUGUGGUCACUGCCAGAAGCAAAGCAUGCCUGCAGGCGUGGUGACAUGCUGCUGCUGCUGGUUGCUGUUGCAGAGCUCUGGGUGAGGCAGAAGCAGUGCCUGUGUACAGAAGGGUGCUUACAGCCGUGGCUUGUCCUUAGGGGGACUGCUGGCACAGCUGGAAGUUUCCUGUUGUCGUGCACACAGCAGUGCUGGUGUGAGCUGAGAUUGAGAGUGGCACCUCGCCCUGUUCUGCACGCUGACACGUAGCUCAGUGGGGCUUUGCAAACCCAGUGUGCAGUGAGCACCUCUUCUAUUCAUUUCAGUCAACUUUUGUUAAUAGCUACAUGCAUACAUAGGAAUAACGUAUUUCUUUCUCUUUUGGACUGAAACCGUUUGAGAUUUCAUUUUCAGAACAUCUCAUGGAAGUCAGUGAGGUUUCCCUGAUGGACAGCGGAGCUGGUGGCAUGAAGCAGGCCUGCUCCAUCCUGGAGGUACUGAGUUCAGCUGCAGGCGGGUGGAAUCCAUGAGCACUGUGCUCGGUGGGAGCUCAGAGCUGGAGCAGCUCCAAGAUGACUGCAGCGCUGCUGGAGGAGCAUCGGGGCUGGGAAGGGGAAGGCCCACAUUGCAGCGGUGCAGGCUGUGCGUUUUUCUGUGUCAGGAAGUGAGGUCAGACCCGGCGCUGUGUGCUGUCAUUGUUUUCUGGAAGGCUGGUCAUUAAGGUUUUCUGUUUUUCUUAGAAGCCUUUGUAGUGUGAGUCUGUCAGUGGAAAAUAUUGCCUCUUUUAAUACGGUUAGCGUGAUGAACCGCGUUACGUUGGUGUGCUUUUGGAUCGCUCAGUGAUUCUCAGAGAGCACUUCUAACAUCUGAGCUGAUUUCUUUGCUCUAAAGAUCCUUUAUACCCUAUUUUGGCACAGCAGAUACAGCAAAACCUAACCCUUAGGAUCUGUUAACACUGAUCGAGUAAUUUGAAACCCGUAUUUCACAACUGUCGGUAAACUGUCGUAUAAAUGAAAGUCUGAAAAAUGUUAGUUAUGGGUGUUAGAACAGGGAAGCCUCAUGUGGAAACCAACAUCAGUGUAAUAAGUGGAGAAGGUUUAUCUGGCUGUGUAUCAGUGUGAGGUUGAGAGUGGCACCUCGUCCUGUUCUGCACACUGACACGUAGCUCAGUGAGGCUUUGCAAACCCAGUGUGCAGUGAGCAUCUCUUCUAUUCAUUUCAGUCAACUUUUGUUAAUAGCUACAGCCAUACGUAGGAAUAACGUAUUUCUUUCGCUUUUGGGCUGAAACCAUUUGAGAUUUCAUUUUCAGAACGUCUGAAGUACUGAGACGGAUUCAAUUCCUGAGGCUCACGGUCAUUAUUUCUUUUUUACUUAUUUGUGCCCCAUGCUGAGAUAGCCGUGUGAAUGCUUUGCUGGAUGUGCACUCUGCUGUACGUCAGAUUUUAGCCUCUUGUUUUAAUCAAAAUGACAAAAUGUCACAGCAUUUCUGUGUGCUCAGCUGAACUGCUGAAUGCGGAUCUGGUCGCUUUUUGGUGAGUGGUUUUCCCCUUCAUGUUAAUUGCUAAUUUCUAUCAUUGUUGAGGUUCUUAGAUGAAUGAAACUGAGACUGUGCAUGCAGACACGUGUGUUUUAUGUAUUUAUUCAUAUGUAUAAAACAAUGUAUUUUUAAUCUGCUCGUGUGUACUGAAUUCCUAUUAUGGAAGCAGUUUCUCUGAAGUCUUAGCUAGAAACCUCUAAAAAUAGGAGGGUUGUAGUAGAAGAAACUGCAGCUGUAAUUUUAGCCCAUGGACCGGCAGCGUUAGCAGUUAUUUUUAAGUGAAAUAGUUCUGUACAAUCAGAUGAGCUUGUUUCCUUGGCAGUAGUCAUUCAAAAUUUGACAAACAGAAGGGAAGGUGAUUUUCUGCAGGAAAUAAAUGGCACUCUAAGGUAGCUGGGUAUAUUUAGGGCAAUCCUGAUACAAAUCGGUGCUUUGAAGUCCUGUGUAGCCCUCCCACCCCUGCAGCCUGCUUUGGUCUCCUAAGAUCCCAAGGCAGGAGCAGGGCCAGGGGGUGGCUGGUGUGCAGAGCCAGGGCUAUCUGUGGCACUAUGGGCUGUUCCUUUGUGCUGUGUUUUGUGGCUGUGUGAUUGUAUCCGUUCUUUUGAGAUGCUUUUGCAAACAAGAAUGAGUGUGUUUGUGCCUCUGUGCUCUCCCAGCCUUCUCAUCUGGCAGCAGCAGUGCAGGAGGACCUUGUAAUGUUGGCCUUUAUUGCAGGCCAUUUCUGGGCAACCUGAACUUAACGUCAGAAGAGAUUCUGAGAGUGCAGCUGUGAUGUUUUUCUGAACACUGCUAUUUCCAUAUUGGUUUAGCAGUUGUUCGUAGGCUGGCUUGGUUCACGCAUAGGUGAGUUGGUGUUUUUGCACGCUGUUCCUGUUUUGCUUUUUUAAUGUAAUAAAUUGGUCUGUCUUAAAUGCAUUUUGGUCUUCUGUCUGGGUUAUGGGAGGUAAUGGGAAAGGAGAAGGAAAUGGCAGCAUUUCCUGUAUCCUGUUACCUUGUGCGUUGUAUGGAUGCUGAAUUAACUGUUCAUCAAAAAUUCAUGAAGAGUUGCCCUGCAUUUUGCUUUGUUGUAAUUACGGAUCGUUCACGGGAAGCUCACAGCUAUGCAGUGCUUUUCCAGUUGCAGUUCUCCAUGGUACUCAUUUAAAGACUCCUAUACGAAGCACUCUGCUCUGUCUCACACUGCCUUAGGCGUUGUUUUCACCGUGCCAGAAUUCUGUACUAAUGGCACGUUGCAACACUGGGGAGAAUGAAGGGGUUUUGAUCACCGCAGAGAUUGAAAUGUGUGUAUGUUCUAUGAAUUAUUUGGUGUAAGACUUUAUUUACAGCGAGUUCAGAAACUCAGAAAACUCCAGAUUUUAAGAAUAAAAUGCUACGUGAGCAUACAUGAUGCUGCCGUGUGAUCGCAUCGCUUACGUAGCGAUGUCAGCCCUUGUGGUAUGUGGAGUGGGGUGCGUGUGCUAUUUUAAAGGAUGUAUUUUUGGAAAGAGGAUAUGCAUUGCUGAUACACAGUACUUGAGAACAGGAUAAUAACUUGUACUCCUUGAGAGCACCAUUGGAAAGAACACGGACAUCUGAGGUGAUGCCCUCCAUGCUGUCAAGGCUGUCCGUUUGCACGAGUUCUUAAAUGUGCAAUGAGGGCAGAAGGGAAUGCUUCAUACCAGCUUUAGGCUCCAAUUAAGGUCAGUUUAUUUGCGUAUCUUUGGGGCAGAGUUGUGGUAUGCUGAAGGCAUUGAAUGCUGUGUUUUUCUUCUGAAUUACUGGUACCAUGUUUGGCAAACAAAGUGGAGAAUUAUUUGGGAAAGGGGAGUGGCUGAAACCUAACACUGGUGCUGUCUUUUUGUUUCAGCAGGCGAUUACUGUGAGCAGCUGUCAAUGAAUGGUUUUCAGACAUGAUGGCCGACCAGCCACCUCCGUUAGAAGCUACGCCUCUAUUGAACGAAGUGCCACUUCUACCUCACAUGGUUAAUGGAGACAGCAUCCAACAGGUUAUUCUUGUGCAGGUGAACCCAGGUGAAACAUUUACAAUUACAACUGAAGAUGGACACAUUCAGUGUAUUCAAGGUCCAGCCCAUGUUCCUAUGAUGUCACCAAAUGGUUCUAUGCCACCUAUUUUUGUGCCUCCCGGUUAUGUAUCUCAGGUGGUGGAAGAAAAUGGAGUUCGCAAAGUGGUGGUGUUGCCACACUCGGCUGAAUUCCAUCCUUCCAUGCAUCCUCCGCCUCAUCCUCCCCCCCACGUGCCCCAUUACAUGCAUCACCACCACGCUCUGCUCCCCCACCCCCCACACCCAGUGUACCCCCCUGUUCCUGGGACAGGAGAGCUGCCGCCGCAGUUCAUCCACCAGCAUCCACCGCCACACGUUUUCCAGGAGCAAGAACCUCGUUCUCAUGGAAGGACAAACUUUAUUCAGCGAGAUGAAAGGAGUCUCAAAAUGCAAGAGCACCUGAAGAAAAGACUAAAAGACAGACAAGCGAGCGGUCACACUAACAAUAAGCUUAACAGUCCUCCAUCUUCACCACAUAAAGUUAAUAAUUCUUCCAGUGCAGCAGUUCAGAACGGAAAUGGAAAAGGACAGCAAGGGACAGGAGGGCCGCUAAAGCAGAAGCAGAUAGGAAAAACAAAGGGCUGUCCAGAUGCAGAGAUGGGAGAAUCUGACACAGAAUCCAAGAAGUAUGAUACUCACUUGAGCAUUGGCAAGCCAGUAGUUUCUGAUAUACAAGCAAGAUCAGCCGUUCUGUCCUGGAAUCUCCCAGUUAGUUCACAGAAUGGAGAGAGCCAUAGUCAUAGUCCAGCAGCAUUUACAUUUGAAGUAGCAAUAUCCAACAGUGGUAAAAAUGGAAAAUUUAAAUCUGUCUAUGUUGGGGAGGAAUUAACAAUUACCCUUCCUGAUCUCAGACCAGCAACCGAUUACCAUGCCAGAGUUUCAGCAACCAGCAGUUCCAUAAAGGAAUCUGUUUCAGAAUUAGUGAGUUUCACUACGGAAAGUUGUGAGCCAGAUUGUCCAGCUGCACCGAAGCUAAUUAAUAGAACCAAAAACAGCCUGAGUUUGCAGUGGAAGUCUUCAAAUGACAACGGUUCCAAAAUAACUAAUUUUCUUUUAGAAUGGGAUGAGGGGAAGAACGGACCCUUCAAAGAAUGCUACUACGGGCACCUGAAGCAGUACAAGCUCACCAAACUCUCUCCUUCCACAAAAUACUCGCUUAGACUGGCUGCUAAAAACGAUAUUGGAAUGAGUGGGUUUAGCGAGACGGUGACGUACUACACAGCAGGGAUGGUCCCCCCAGCCCCACCUCCCCCGGUGCUCGUUGAAGCUGGAGUGACCUGGCUGGCCCUGCAGUGGAGCCCACCCAGCGGCGUGUCCUCAGAGGACUCCCUCACUUAUACUUUAGACGUGGAAGAAGAAGGUUCUGGUUAUGGUUUCCAGCCACAAUACAACGGAGACGAACUCUCGUGCACUUUAAGAAAUCUUAGAAGGAGUACAUCCUAUAAGUUUAGGCUCUUUGCCUACAACAGCGAAGGAAAAAGCAGCCCAAGUGAGGUAGUGGAACACAGCACCAACCCUGACAAACCUGGGCCACCAAGUAAACCAAGUGCAAAGGGGAAGAUCCAUUCCCACAGUGUGAAAGUAGCAUGGGAGCCACCCAAAGAUAAUGGAGGAUCAGACAUCGUUAAAUACUUUUUGGAGAUCUCAGAAGCAGUAAUUGGGAGUAAAUGGGACACCAUCUACAGCGGUUCCCAGAGAGAGCACGUGUGUGAUCAUCUCAAGCCUGGUACUUCGUACAGAAUGAGAGUUCAUUGUGUCAGCAGAGGUGGGGAGAGCCAGGCUUCUGAUAUUCUGACUGUUACAACGUCGGCUGUUCCUCCGGGGCCCUGUCCCACUCCAUGCCUGGCAGGCAAGGCGAAGCCCAAGGAGAUCACAUUGCAGUGGGGCCCACCACCUGUAGAUGGAGGAUCUGACAUAACAGAAUACGUUAUAGAGAUGGCAAACUCAGAGCAGGAGGAGCGCAGACAGGUGUACCAGGGUGCUGCACCCGAGUGCACUGUGAGCAACCUGCUCCCUGGGAGAGCAUACUGCUUCUGGCUGCGGGCAGCAAACAGGGUUGGGUUUGGUCCUCACUCGGACAGAGCAGAAAUCUCUACUGCUCCAGGCCCCCCUGAUCAGUGCUGCAAACCUGCAAUCACUUGUAAAAAUGCAACUUGUGUUGCAGUUUCCUGGGAGAGUCCUGCGUGCAAUGGUGCAGAAAUCAGUGAAUACAGACUGGAGUGGGGACAGGUGGAAGGAUCAAUGCAUGUCAUUUACACAGGCCCUUGCCAGAGCUAUGAAGUAAAGGGUCUCACACCUGCAACCACAUAUUACUGUCGUGUACAGGCUGUGAACAUGGCUGGGGUUGGGCUGUUUGGAGAGACUGGAGUGGUGACAACCCCUGCAUCAGUGCCUGCGGCCGUGUCCGCACUGCAGCUGCUGGAGGAAGACCAAAUGGAAGUUUCUCUUCCUUUAUCAACGUGCCUUGCAAUUCAAUGGGAAGAACCGUGUUGUCAUGGGGCAGAGAUCACUGGAUAUAAUAUAGAAUAUGGGGAAAAGCAGCUUGUAACUGUUGGAAGGAAUACAAGCCACAUUCUUGAGAAUUUGCUGCCUGAUACUCUCUACAGGGUGAGAAUACAGGCCAUAAACAGCUUUGGAGUUGGUCCUUUCAGUCAUUCCAUUAAAGCCAAAACGAAACCACUACCUCCUGACCCUCCUCACCUUGAAUGUGUGGUCUUCAGCUACCAGAGCCUUAAACUUAAAUGGGGUGAAGGUCCUAGCAGAGCUUUAAUUACCAACCCUACACAGUUCAACUUGCAGAUGGAGGACAGGUUUGGCAGGUUUGUUACAGUUUAUAGUGGUCCAUGUCAUACAUACAAAGUACAGCGGCUCAGUGAAUCCACCACGUACUAUUUCAAAAUCCAGGCAUACAAUGAUGCUGGAGAGGGAGAGUUUUCUGACGUUUACGCUUUCACUACAACCAAGUCUCCCCCUGCAUCUCUUAAAGCACCCAAAGCAAAUCAGCUGGAAGAAAACACUUAUGAAAUCACAUGGGAACCUUUACAGCCGAUGAAAGGAGAUUCCAUUGUUUACAUCCUCCAGCUUGCUGCUGGGAGAGAGUUUGAUCAGGUAUACAAGGGACCAGAGACUUCCUUCCGUCUCACGGGCCUGCAGACAAACUGUGAAUACCGGAUCAGAGUCUGCGCUGGCCGUCAGUCCCAGGACGCUGCUGGAUCCCAAGAACUGUAUGGACCUUACAGCCCCAGUGCAGUGUUCUCAUCUCAGAAGCAGGAGCUGGAGUCGCAGUGUGCCGCCGUGCCCACGGAGCUGGCAGACAGUAAGAAGACGUUGCAUGAGGAGCGCUUCAUCGCCAUCGUUCUUCUCUGCGGGUUCGCAGUGGUUGCUAUUUUAUUUGCUGUCGUUAUUCAAUACUUUGUGAUCAAGUAGACAAGAACCUACUCAGUGCUCAGCUUUUUGUACAGAAGCUAUUUCGGGUAUUUAUGGUUAGUUCUAAUUGAAAUCCUAGCUGGUAAUGUGUGGAUAUGCGCAUUUCCGCCCUGCUGCUGGCUGACAGCGAGGCUGGGUCGGCAGAUCCUUUCCAAAUACUGAACACAGAUUUCUUGUAGAAAGGGUAAUCCUUUGUCCUCUAUAAUCAGGGUUAGCUGUUAAGAAAACAGCACAAACUGCCUUAUUGUGCACACUGGUGUGUGUGUGUGCACGCUCUGCUCUCUCUGAAUUCACACGAGGCCCCUUGGGCAGUCAGAGAGGGACGGCGUUAUUAGAGCAAGUCCUUUCCAAGUACAGCUAGAGCAGUGGUAGCCCAUCAGCAGUGUGUAACCAGGCAUCGUCGCAGUUCGGUAUACGUGACAUACAGCAGCACAAAUGCUUAAGCUUAGAGCAGUACUGUAUUGCAGAACAUUACUCGAGCAUACCACAUUUAAUAUACUGUAGAAGGAAAGCAGAAUAUUGACUUUGACUUAGUGAUAUUACUACUUUACAGUUAUUUUAAUUUUGGAUUCAGUAAUAAUCAUUUCGAGCGUUUAAAGUAGCGGGUGCCAGCAUUUGUAGGGUUUGAAUCGAGAUGCUUAGACACAAUGUUAGCAGGAUGCCAUGUCCAUGCAGCAGCCGCGUUCGGAUAUGGCAGUGCAGGAAAGGCCCCUUUGCAUUGCACACCUGUGAACGCAGUGCUUCCUGCUGGUGGUGAGCAGCUGUUGGCCCAAUCCACAUUUCACUCUCAGUGCCUGAGAGAAAAGUAAUUUCCUGUGCUUUGGAUGAAAUCUUUGCAGCGUUUCCAGAAAAGCACAGGUAUUGUCUUUAAGGAGAAAGAGUGCAUUUAUGAUAAAUGUUACACUAUUUGGCUCAAACUGAGCAAAUGUUUUUUGUACUAUUAUUAACCUAAAAAAUAAAACUUCAGACUGCUUUUGGAUGCCCUUCUUACGUAACCCGAAUGAUCAAAUUGUACGUGAAAGAACUCUUUUUAGCUAACAUUUGUACAAUGUUUUAACCGACCUGCUAUCCCGGUGGUAGCAGCUUCACAUUCCGUUGUUUCCUAGAUGGGAAUGUUCAGCCUGCUAUGAGCUUCUCUGAGACGUGUCCUGUUUGUCAGGGGGGAUUUUGGGUGGGCGCUGUGCACUACAUCUGCCCUUCUCGUUACUUCUGCUUGCGAAUACCUACAGGUGAAUCUGACAGCUGUCUUCUCCGUGCCAAAGGCUUUGAAAGCUGGAGCUCGCAAGUUUAGAAAGCGUUUAGAAUGGGUCUUCCUAACAGCAUGGGAGCGUGGCAUAGAAAGCUCGAGUGAGGGUUAUCACACUAUACCCACCAGAACGAGGCACUUGUACGUGGAGUGCUGGAUGUGCUAGUGCUGCAGGCUAGGGAUUGCCAGUAAUUAAUCACUUUAAGGGUCUUUCUCCUAUGGCAGUUGAUGAAUAAUGUUGCGUUGUAGUUCGAGGCAUUGUGUUGUAUUUCAGAUGUGGAGAACCUAAAUUAUGACAUAGUAUCGCUUAAUACUCGUAAAAGUAGAUUUAUGGUGCAAUCUGAAAUUAAUCUUUUCAAAAUGUACUCUUCAUUUUGUACUCUAUUUAUUUUGAUUAAAAGUCCUGGAAAAAUGUAUGUUUGAAUGUAUUGUUCUACUUGUAGCAGAACUUUAAGUUAAUCAUUUAUUAUAUCAUAGAAAUCUCUCCCUCCACUUUUGGAAAGAGUUUUAUACAGAUCUUAGUGUCUUUAGUUUGCAGAAGAGUUUACAGUCUGUCUCUGUUCCUCUUUAUAGUCUACUUUUAGCAAAUACGACCGCCUUCAGCAAAUCUCUGUUGCCAAAGGGUUAUUUCUUUUAACUCUUAGAACGAAGUUUGUAGAGGUUAAUUCACAAUACUAUUUCUGAUGAUUUUAAAAGGUAAAUUAGGAUUGCAAAGUAAAUACUAACAAGGGACAGCUCCUAAAAAAAAAAGUAAAAGUUCUUCUGUAAUUGCCACAAAGUACUCAAUGUUUGCAGAUGUACCGGAGAGCCUCCCGCAGUGCAGAUGGACAUCAGCUCUUAUCCAUUCCAGAACGAUACACCCUAAUGGCAUUAAUGUGUUAGGUAUCUUCAUUUCUUCUGUAUUGUAAUUUCGAGGUAUCUCUAUGUUAAAGCUGCCAUGCAUUGUAUUACUAAAUUGUAACUAUCAAAUAGAUAAUAUAUUUAAUACAGCCAAUAAAUAAUACGAAUGUAUUCAGAUUUGAA